AUAAUUUUUUUUCUUUCAGAAUACUUAUACAGUUACAAAAUUGAUAGGAGAAAUAUAAGCCUACAACCUAGGGGUUUGAUCAACAGGAGCACAUUCUGUUAUAUAAACUCCAUAUUACAAGCCCUACUAGCAUGUUCACCAUUAUGCCAAUUACUAAAAGGACUUAAUUAUAUUUCGAAUGGAAUCAUCAUCUCAACACCUUGCAUCGAAAUCAUGUGCGAAUUCUUCAGCCAAUUUAAGGAGUUAUCUGAUUCACCUGAAACUCGUUUAUCGAAAAAAAAUAAAAAUAAACGAAGAAACUUCGAUGCCUAUUGUGGAGAUUCCCUCGAAGUUUCAUCUUUCUACAAAAUUCUGAAUGGUAGCAGAAGUGACACUUUCCUGAUUGAAGGGCAGCAAGAAGAUGCCGAAGAAUUUCUGGGUCUCCUUUUGAAUGGGCUCAACUAUGAAAUGAAAAGUAUGAUGAACAUGUUUAAGAGGGAAGACGAAGAAACAACCAACCAAACUCCUAUACAGAAUAUUUUUGGUGGAAAACUUCUAUCAAAUAUCCAUAAAAAAGGUGAGGAAUCUACGUCGAAUACCCAACCGUUCUUCACCCUUCAAUUGGAUAUUGAAAGGGCCACUACAAUCUUUGAAGCCCUCAAACAUCUCACAGACGUCAACAAAAUCUAGGGUUUCAUUUCUUCAAAAUCCAAGCAAAACAUCGAGGCCUGGCAACAGGUAUUUAUUGAACAGCUGCCUGUAGUUCUAGUGCUACAUUUGAAAUAAUUUCAAUUUGACUGGAAUGGCGACUGUUCGAAGAUAACAAAAAAAGGUAGUUACCCGAUGAAUCUCCAAAUUGAUUCAAAAAUUCUUUCGGAGGGAACCAACCGU